UAGUACUCCUGGAGGUAGGCAGCACAUUCGCAGCUUGCUUUUGCACAAGAAUCUAAAAAAGAUGUUGUGCGAAUCAUACGUUCUUUCGCAGCAAACAAUGCAAAUCCAGAGCAACAUCCAGAGCGUCAAUUCAAUCUUCGGUUGCAACGCGUCCGGCCACAGCGGCAUUAACCAGCUGGGGGGUGUUUACGUCAAUGGGCGUCCCCUGCCGGACUCGACGCGCCAGAAGAUUGUCGAACUGGCUCACUCCGGGGCAAGGCCGUGCGACAUUUCGCGCAUCCUCCAGGUGUCCAAUGGAUGCGUGAGUAAGAUACUCGGCCGGUACUACGAAACGGGCUCCAUCAAACCGAGAGCCAUCGGCGGGAGCAAACCGCGGGUUGCCACGGCCUCCGUAGUUUCAAAGAUCUCCGACUACAAGGCCGAGUGUCCCAGUAUCUUUGCAUGGGAAAUUCGCGACAGACUUCUCUCCGAAGGUGUAUGCAACAAUGACAACAUACCAAGCGUCUCAUCAAUCAACCGAGUGCUGCGCAAUCUGGCAUCCAACAAGGAAACUUCCACACCAAGCAAUGAUACGGUUUACGAGAAGAUUAAAUUGUUCAACAAUACGAGUGGUCACUGGACCUGGUGCCAAAACAUCGGAGGCGGCCAGUUCAACUUUUCAUCCCAUCCCAUUUCUCAUCUCUCGUUGAAAAGUCCGACGGAUACUCAACAACCCAAACCAGCAACACACGGCUUGGAGGAAAUGAGCGACAAGUACUCCUCCGAGGACGACGAAGACUCGGAGCUGCGGCUCAAGCUCAAGCGCAAACUGCAACGCAAUCGCACUUCAUUUACCAACGAACAGAUUGAAAACUUGGAACGAGCAGAAUUCGAGCGGACCCACUAUCCGGACGUGUUCGCGAGGGAACGGCUCUCGGAGCGGAUCCAGCUGCCGGAGGCCAGGAUACAGGUAACUGUGUGGUAACGCAGGUAAAUUGACAAACUUUCAACUGUGAUAUUUUAUGGCAAACUGGCAAACAUCUUCGUAAAUGUAUUUUUGGGAUACCAUGAGAUUUGGGUAUGGGGAUUUUCUUUUCUUUCUAUUCCACAGGUGUAUCGAUUCGUCACCAGAGCCAAAGGUGGAGUAUUCUUUGGCCGAAUGAAUACAAAACAGAAAUACAUGAUCGAGUUUUUAAAA